CUUAUUUUACCUCCACCACCCUUCAAAGCAGUUUCCUCCGGAUGCUACACCACAGGAAGUUGCUUGGUAUUCAUUCGGCAGCGUUGAAUCAAUCAACUUUUGAAUUUUUUUGUGAUAGACUGUAAAUAAUUGAACGGAUACAGAAACCUUUCCACGAAAAAAUGCUCUCUUUGGACUUUCUGGAUGAUGUUCGGCGGAUGAAUAAACGCCAGCUGUAUUACCAGGUGCUGAAUUUUGGGAUGAUUGUAUCUUCAGCCUUGAUGAUUUGGAAAGGCUUAAUGGUCGUGACUGGAAGUGAAAGCCCAAUUGUGGUUGUUCUCAGCGGGAGCAUGGAGCCUGCAUUUUACAGAGGAGAUCUCCUCUUCCUCACAAAUCGUGUGGACGAUCCAAUAAGAGUGGGAGAAAUCGUGGUGUUCAGGAUUGAGGGAAGAGAGAUCCCCAUUGUGCACAGGGUGCUCAAAAUUCAUGAGAAAGAAAAUGGAGAUAUUAAGUUCUUGACGAAAGGAGAUAAUAACUCUGUGGAUGACAGAGGCCUUUACAAGCGAGGACAGCACUGGCUAGAGAAGAAAGAUGUGGUGGGCAGAGCCAGAGGGUUUGUGCCUUACAUAGGAAUUGUUACAAUUUUGAUGAACGACUACCCUAAGUUUAAGUACGCUGUUCUAUGUAUGCUCGGACUCUUCGUUUUGGUACAUAGAGAGUGACACUCCUCCACCAAGGACAUGACGAAACAAACCACAGAGUGAAACCCUUUCGUGGGCCAAUUUUUGCUAGAGUGUUAAGUUUGCUUGUGAAAAUCGUGCACUUGUUAAAGCAGGUCAAAGAUAUUUUUAAUUCUGUAAAACCCAAACAUCCAGAGAGGCGUACAGUUAACAGCACUGGUAACAUUUGUACUUGUUAAUCUCGCCAUGGCAUACCAAACCAACUUUUGUGUUUUUUCUUUCCUUCCUGUUGAUGUUCAUGCACCACCUGUUCUAAUCUCUCAAACCUGUUUCUAAAGUUAAGAAUUUUGUAUGGAAUAAAAAAUUGAAUGAAA